UGACGCCGCUUCCGGAGCGGGGCGAUGAAGGAGGCGCUGGAGCUGCUGGAGCGGGUGUCUGCGCACCCCGAGGCCCGGUGCUGGUUCCUGGCAUGGAGCCCCGGGGGGGGCCUGCUGGCGUCCUGCGGGGGGGACCGGACAGUGCGAGUGUGGGGCAGGGACGGCCCGCAGUGGUCGUGCCGUGCCGUGCUGAGCGAUGGGCACCAGCGCACGGUGCGCAGGGUGGCCUGGUCCCCAUGCGGGAACUACCUGGCGUCUGCCAGCUUCGAUGCCACCACCUGCAUCUGGAAGAAGCAAGAGGAUGGCUUCGAGUGCAUCACGACGCUGGAGGGGCACGAGAACGAGGUGAAGUCAGUGGCCUGGGCCCCCUCGGGCACCCUUCUGGCCACCUGCAGCCGUGACAAAAGCGUCUGGGUCUGGGAAGUGGAUGAGGAGGAGGAGUAUGAGUGCGUCAGUGUCCUCAACUCACACACGCAGGACGUCAAGCACGUGGUGUGGCACCCAAACCAGGAGCUCCUGGCCUCAGCCAGCUAUGAUGACACAGUGAAGCUGUACCGGGAGGAGGAGGAUGACUGGGUGUGCUGUGCCACACUGGAGGGGCAUCAAUCCACCGUGUGGAGUGUGGCCUUCGACCGCAGCGGUGAGCGCCUGGCAUCCUGCAGUGAUGACCGCACUGUGCGCGUGUGGCAGAGCUACCGGCCUGGCAACCAGCAUGGGGUCGCCUGCAGCAGCACAGAUCCCACCUGGAAGUGCAUCUGUAACCUGUCCGGGUACCACACGAGGACCAUCUACGACGUGGCCUGGUGCCAUCUGACCGGUGCACUGGCCACAGCCUGCGGUGAUGAUGCCAUCCGGGUGUUCGAGGAGAGCACAGGGCCUGAGCCCAGCUUCAGCCUGGCCGCGCAUGUGCCGCGGGCGCACGCGCAGGACGUGAACUGCGUGGCCUGGAGCCCCACGGAGCCAGGGCUGUUGGCAUCAUGUGGGGAUGAUGGAGACAUUGCCUUCUGGAGGUACCAGCGGCCUGAGGGGUGCUGAGCGCGGCACCGGAUGGGGAUGGAGCUGGGGCUGCUCCGGGGUCAAUAAAACAUGGAUCCCACAA